AGCAGGUCACGCACAAUCACGCACGGACACGCGCACAGAGCACACGGGAUGCGCGCGAUCUAACGGACUCAUUAACACAAAGAAUCAGCAUCAUGACCAGGUCUGUGCAGGAGGAGCAGGGGUCAGUGGAGCCAGAGGAGCAGCAGGAGCUCCGCAGCCCAGGAGGAGGAGAGGAGGAGGAGGAGGACGACGAUCACCUCCACCAUCUGGAUGAGGAAGACGAUGAUGAUGAUGAGGAGGAAGAGGAGGAGGAGGAGGAGGAAGAUGGUGAGAACAAACCCAAGAGGCGAGGGCCGAAGAGGAAGAAGAUGACGAAGGCUCGAAUCCAGAGGUUCAAGGUCCGUCGGAUGAAAGCUAACGCCCGGGAAAGGAAUCGCAUGCAUGGUCUGAACGACGCUCUGGAGAGCCUGAGGAAAGUCGUCCCGUGUUACUCUAAAACUCAGAAACUGUCCAAGAUCGAGACGCUCCGCCUCGCCAAGAACUACAUCUGGGCCCUGAGUGAGAUCCUGCGCUCCGGGAAAGCGCCCGACCUCAUGAGCUUCGUCCAGGCGCUCUGCAAAGGUCUGUCUCAGCCAACCACUAACCUGGUGGCAGGCUGCCUGCAGCUGAACCCUCGGACUUUCCUGCCGGAGCAGACACCAGACCUGCCGGCUCAUCUUCCCCCGGCCGGCACAACUGCCUAUCCUGGACACUACUCCUACCAGAGCCCCGGGCUGACAGCCGGCCUGCCCAGCCCACCCUAUGGCACCAUGGAUCCCUCCCACAUCUUCCACCAGGUCAAAGGUCAGCCAUACGGCCCCCUGGAGCCCUUCUUCGAUGGGGUCCUGGUUUCGGACGGGCCGGCGUUUGACCCGCCCCUCAGCCCACCACUCAGCAUCAAUGGGAACUUCUCCUCGUCCUUCAAGCACGAGGUCGUCGCAGCUGCCGACUACGACAAGAGUUUCUCCUUCAGCGUGCACUAUGGGGGAGGAGGAGCUGGGGGACACACUGCCAUCUACGGCGGUGGGGGGACCAACCAGCGGUGUGGUGAACUGCAGGCGGACGGGCUGAUGGGCUUUGAAGGACACUCGCACCAUGAGCGGAUGAUGAACGCCCAGUUGAACGCCAUCUUCCAUGACUCCUGAGGAAGAGGAGGACAAAGGACUGAAAUACUGAUGUAGACAAAGAGACGGACAGAGGAAUCAUUAAAUAUCUUUCUUUCUGUCCUUUCUGUCUUCUUCAACUCUCUUUGGUCAUGAGGACGGUGGUUCGGCGAUGAUAUCACGUUGUUGAUGUAACCUUUGUAACGCUUCAUACUGCGGAGAUGCUCUCUGAAUGUCUCAUUAUUAUCCACAUUAUCACUUAAAAAUAAUCAAUAAUCAAUAAGCAAUAAUCUGGAAGAAACUAUGCAAUUUUGUUAAAACCUGAGCACAGCUCAGCUGAUGAUUCCAAAUGUUGAAAGAAUAAAGAUUUCUCUAUUUUUGGGUCAGUGUGUCAUGGAGAUGAUGUUGGGCCAGUGUUGGGCCGGUUUUCAAGCCGGGAGCGGGCCGGAGUGUUCAUGUUGUUCAUGUGGUUUUUACUUUAUGCUUUUUAUAACGUUCCUGUAGUGUUCUGUUAACAUUUCAUGUGACUCCUGUUCAUAUUUUAUAAGAUAGAUGUUUAUAAAUGCCUUUUAUUAAAA